GAUCAUCUGUGAGUAUAUGAAGUAUUUCCUUCUCUUUUUGAACAGAUGGUUUUCAUUUAAUGAAUUUGUACUAAAUCAAUGGGGAAGUGUCUCACUUCCUCCAUUUUCACUCAAAAAAAAAAACUUAAUGAAUUUAACCUGAACUCAUUUCCUAAAAAAACAAAAGAAAAAAGAAAAAAAUUGGUUUGUACUUUGUAGAUAUCUAAUAGCUCUAGCAGGGGACACCUGAUGGCUAAAGAGUAUUUUGAAUUAUUUGCAGUUCCGUGUUCCAAGUUCUGCAGGAGAUCCCUAUCACUUGCCUCACAGCUUUGGUGCUUGGCUCAUGGCCAAAAUGCAUGCUGAAGCUUUCUUGGCUUCUACGAAGGAGAGGAGGCCAACAACGACCUCGUUGCUUCGCUUUGUUUGCAACGCCCCCACGUUGUUUGGAUUGGUUAGUGUGAUUGGGGCCCUCGUAAAAAAUACGGCGCGUUUCACGUGCUGUAGCAUGGUGCUUGCAUGCAAACCGUUCCGUUAAUGCUGUCUGCGGGCGUUGCAUCAGAAAGAGAGAGAGAGAGAGAGAGAGAGAGAGAGAGGAAAGCUAUAUACGGGUGGUCAUAAGCAACGCCAACCCAGAUCGCAAAGAAAACCUCAUGCUUUCAGAGCUGUUCAUGAGAGGAAACUAAUUCUCUUCUCGCCAACUCCUCUCUCCUUAUUGGAGGUACAUAUAAUUCCUUGCAGUACUGUUGCAUGUAGGGGAUCCAAACUCAAGAUUCUCUCGCUCCUAUAAAACUAAUUGCUCUCCUGAAUUCUCAAAGUUCGUAUUAGUUCUCAGAAGAGCUAAUUAUAUAUAUAUGGCUUCCAAAUUCGUUUCAUACUAGCUUUUGGAUGUUUGCGCAGUUUUUUAUUUAUUUUUUCCAUUGAAUUCAGAGGAUCUUAAUUGCGACUUUAUAGAGCAUCUGAGGCAAUGAAAUAUUUCCACUCAGACGAGUUCUUGGCCACCUUUGUGCCCAUAUUGGUUUACUGGGUCUAUUCUGGGGUCUGUAUGAUGUUGUAUUCUAUGAGCUUUGUCAGGUGCCACCGUUUGCACCCAGAAGGGGAUGAUACUGAAAACGUAGUUGCAAAGAGUGAAGUCAUUCCAGUUGUUCUUCUUCAACAAGUGAUCCAGGCCACCAUUGCAUCCCUUGUGUUUCAGGUUGAUUCGAAGAUACUCGUGAUCUUUUCUUCUUCCACCUUAACUAUAUAUCUUGAUUUUCUGCUUUCCAUGAAUGAAGUUUCCAACAAAAUCUUAUCAACUAAUAGUUUAUCGAUCUUAGCCCAUUUGCAGAUAACAAGCAAGGAUAUUGUGGCCAUCACGACGUAUCCACCACCUUCUUCUAUCAUGGUGCAGGCGGGACAAAUCCUGAUCGCUAUGUUAGUAUUCGAUACAUGGCAGUAUUUCAUGCACAGAUGCAUGCACCACAGCAAGUUCUUGUACCGUCACUUUCACUCUUGGCAUCACCGGCUGGUUGCUCCAUAUGCCUUUGGUGCUCAAUACAACCACCCUGUGGAUGGGAUCCUCAUCGAGACUGUGGCUGGUGCCCUCUCUUACUUCAUCUCCGGGAUGUCACCAAAAACCUCCAUACUUUUCUUUUCCUUGGCAACUAUCAAAGGCAUAGAUGACCAUUGUGGAUUAUUGCUUCCUUGGAAUCCAUUCCACAUGGUCUUUGAGAACAAUACUGCUUAUCAUGACAUUCAUCACCAGCUCUCAGGCUGUAGAUACAACUACUCCCAGCCCUUCUUUGUAAUGUGGGACAAGAUCCUGGGGACCUAUAAGCCUUGUUCACGAAAACAAAGACUUGGAAAGGGGUUGGAACCAAGGCACUGAAGGGAGUGGAAAGGGUCAUCGCCAAUGCAGAAGUUUGGGCUGGCCAGCUUGAAUCCAAGGCCAUUUGGUGUUUUCAAAACUUUGUUCAAUACAUCUCAGUACCUUUGAUAUGGGUGUUCUCUAAUGCUGAUCAAAGAAGUCUCAUAGCAGUUACAGCCAUUGUGAUAUUUUGUUGUUAAAUGGGAAUCUACUAUAUAUUCCAAAAAACAGAGAAAAAUUAACCUGUAUAUUCUAUUCUAAGACAACAUAAACAUAAAUCUACGGACUGAAGCCGAAUAGACUUUUGAUGCUGAGAAGUGGAAGACUUAGUAACAAGAAACAUUCUCAGGUCAGAAGGCUGCCAUGGUGUGUUAAAAGGCAUCUUCAUGUGUCUACUGUUAGCAAUGAAUAAUCAAGAAAAGCAUAGGUUUUCCUUCGUUAUUGUUUGGCAUCACUUUGUCUUCCAUAUAUCCAUUCAUAAACCUGAAGUGUUUAAGUUUAUUACAUGUUGAUGCUCAUUCAGUUGAAAUGAGCCAUGCAACAUUGUAAAAAAUGCACUGUUAAUUUUAUCACAUUUACAUCAAUGCAUAAUAGUUAUUGGGAUACAUUAAUGACACAUUAUGUUCUAUUUUAUCAGAUCACUCCAAAGAAGGAUUGCUGAUUAAUUGUACACAACAUGCUUUCUGUAGCUGCAAAUAAUGUAAUUGAGGUCUAUCAUUCCAUAUAAAUAAAUAGCAGUAUAUCAAGAGAUCUUGUACAUACAUUUAUUUAGAGGGAUGAGCGAUGAGCAUUAAGGUUUAGGUUGUGGGAUAAGGGCAUGGUUAUAUCUCAUGUUUGAUCUAAGGGGCUGGUGAGAAUAAAACUUGCAGAACUUGGUAUAGUUAAAGCACCUAAAACUGAUGUUUUUAUUGACUUUAGGGAAUGUUUGGUUGAAAGAAGUUGGACUCUGGAUGGAAAUGAGAAUGAGUGACUCCCAUUCUAGCUAUUUGGUUUGGUAGAGUCCCAUUUCCAUUCUAAUUCCAGGACAAAAUGGAAAUGCCCCAAUUCUUUAAAACUCAAUCCCUACUCUCUUCUAGUAUUUAAAUCUCAUUCAGAUUCCAAUUAUGGUGAUGAACCAAAUGCAUAUGGCCAUUCCAAUUCCCAUUCCAAUCCAUUUUGAUUUGAUUCCGAUUCAAAUUUCGAUUUCAGUCACAAACCAAAUGCACCUUUAAUGUUAACCUACUAGAGAAAGUGUUAUGAAAUGUGGACAGUGGAUUAUAAAAUGUCAUUGGAUAUUAUGCGUUAAAUUAAUGUGGGUUACUGGACUGAUUAUUUAAGGCUUCUUGGAGAGCAUAUGUGAACCCUAAUAUCAAAUAUGGACUUUCUCUCUAAAAGGGCAAAAAAAAAAAUAGAGUCAUAAAAAUCUGCCUACUAAUGUAUAUCUCACUAUUAAUUUCAAUAUUUAAUUUAAUACCUUAAAUAAAUUUAAAGAGAAGGUAAAUAAUAGUUUAAGACUUAAGUAGGAAAGUACGGCAUUUUCUAUAAGAAAUAAUAGUGCAAUCAAAGUUACACUAGCCCAAAAUCACCGGCCACAAUGUGAAGAAAAAAGCAAGCUACACACAAAGAACUCCAAAGAUGAAUAAGAGUGAACAAUUAAUUGAAGCAACUCAAUACAAAGAUAGAAACCAAUCAACUUGUGGUUAUGUUCUCAAAUACAAUGAUAUGAAAGUAUUUUAUAGACUUUAUGGAGACUUCUAGUACAUGCAUUCACAUUAAUUACACGUAAUUAAGACUGCAUAGGAAAAUGAGGAGACAUUAUAGGAAGAUGUAAAGAUGGAAAAGUGCAUCAAUAUAUUAAGGAUCUUUGCAUGCAUAUAGAUUAAUAUGUAUCUAGACUAUUCCAAAAAAAUCAACUUUACCAAUUUCAACAUUUUCCUUAUAAUCUUGAAAGGCUUAUUCGAGUAACCUCUCAGGACUAGUUUAGCUAAACUAACCAAGCUUUUACUAAAUUCCCCUUUUCCUUAAAUUCUGUCACCACAAUACCUAAGGCAGACCAUGCAAGCCUUGCCCAAGGAGAGAUAGGCAGCCUCCACAACCUUCUGAAAUAUUAGUAAAAUGCCACCCACUUUUAAGAAUUUCAUCUCCAAGAAGAGGGCCAAAUCAAUGAGACUUCCUUAUUCGCCCUUUAAUUUCUCCUCUUCUUUUACAAAAAAUCACAAUCCUAUGGGCCCCUCUUGCUUGAAAACCUUAGAACAAGAACUCUUGUGUACCAGACCUCAGAAAAAGGAAUCUAGAUCUCCAUAUGUAAUUAAUUAUCAUAUGCACAAUAGCUGCAGAACUGCAAAAGAGCACUUUGCUACACCAGAGAAAGCAACAUAUACUCUAACAGCAGCUGCGCAAACAAGAACAGAUGUACAAAUUGCUGAGGGGAAAUGUGGUUUUCUGAGAGAGACUAAUCAAGUUGUAGACUCUUAUACCAUCACAAAAAUAUUAAGUAAUCUUUACUAUGUAAGUUAUUAUAUACAAAAAUCAUUAGGGCCUCAAUUUGUUCCUGUACAGGACAAAUUUGGAAGAGGGGGCUCUAGAGGUUGGAUCAAGCCCAUUCAGAUC